AUGCCACAUACAGGUCAGGCGGGUGUCAAUCAGCUGGGUGGAGUCUUUGUUAAUGGGCGUCCAUUACCGGACUGUGUGCGGCGUCGCAUCGUUGAUCUGGCGCUGUGCGGGGUUAGGCCCUGCGAUAUAUCCCGACAACUGCUUGUCUCGCAUGGCUGUGUUUCCAAAAUUCUUACUCGCUUUUAUGAGACAGGCUCCAUAAGGCCGGGAUCAAUAGGUGGAAGCAAGACCAAGCAAGUUGCCACGCCCACAGUGGUAAAAAAAAUCAUUCGUCUAAAGGAGGAGAACAGUGGUAUGUUUGCCUGGGAAAUACGUGAGCAACUGCAGCAACAACGAGUCUGCGAUCCCAGCUCAGUGCCAUCGAUUAGCUCCAUUAAUCGAAUAUUGCGUAACAGCGGCCUCUGGACAGAUGAAAUGACCUCCAGUCAACAGAAUGCAGCAGCAGCAGCUCAUCAUAUGGCUGGGAGCAGUGCUUCUAGUGAUUAUGCCACGCCUUCGCAGCUGUAUACGAGCGGCAAUAAUGCAGUAGUCGGUACUAUUCGAGGUACAACCACUUCUGGUACGCCAACCACUUCGACUAUAACGGGCACAUCUUCACGCUACACAAAACCGAAUCCGACUUCGACUGUGUCACCUUCGUCGUUGGGCGAUGGGUUGUCCCUAAAAGCGACACCCAAGCUGUUACCCAGUCAAGAAAAUAGUCACUGUCAUGUAUCCAGCUCGCUAGGUGGAUUAGAUCUCAGCUACUCAGCACUGCACAAGCACUGGCUGUGGAAUCCCUCUUUGCUUUAUUACACCCAAGCACAUAUGCAGGCAGCCCAGGCAGCAGCCACGGGCGGACAGUUUUUGCCCUAUGGUGGAACCUAUUUGUCACAUGGGGCAGCCAAUAUGGCGGCUGUUGCUGCUGCUGCUGCGGGUAGCUGUUCAGCUGGAGGAGGCUUUACUAAGUCGGAAAGUUCAAUUGACUUAACUAAGCCGUGCACAAUGGGCGAUCCUCUGAGCGAUUGUGAUUCGGGAAAAUCUUCACCGACAGCAUUGUCGUUGAUUUCAGCUAGUGUCAGCAUAACAGAUACGCUGGGCAAUAGUAAUAACAACAUUCGCAAAAGAAAUCCGUACUCUAUUGAAGAGCUGCUGAAAAAGCCCGACAAGCGUUUACGCCUCAACAGCGAUUCACAUGCUAGUUUGGAAGGAUUUACAGCGAAGCGUGAUAAUCUGGAAAGUAUAAGCUCAAGUUCUAGCUGUUGUGAAAGCAACAGUAGCUCAAGUAAUGGCAGCUCUGAAGUCGGGGCUGCAUUAACAAAGCCACCGUUGGAAGUUGUAGAUAUCGAGGAAGAUUGCAGUGUUGAGGUAGUCAACUAACUUUUCUAGAUUUCCCUCUUCUUGUGGUAGUGGUAAAAUCAGAGUUAAAAACCCAAAAAUCCUUAAUCGUGAUAACUAAUUAAUUACAUAUAAUACAAACGACCUAGGUAGAAAGAUGUAUGAAGUUAAUUUGGAAAUUUGAUAGAGAUGUAAUUAUUUUAAAAUGAAAAAUUAUGUGUAUUACAAAUUACGUAAAACU